AUGAAGGGAAGUUUCGAAAGUUACAAUAUUGUUGUGGUUGGCGGGGCCGGUGUUGGCAAAGCAACAUUCAUCCACCAGUUUGAACUGAAUAGUUUUAUUGAGCAUAUUGAGCCGACCGCCUGCAGCGAAAAAGUCAGGAAACAAGUCAUUGUAGACGACCGAGCCUGUUUAAUACAAUCGUUAGACCCCAUCUCGACGACGGAUGCCGCUGACCGGGAAUGGGCAAAGAAGUAUUGGAAGCAGCAAGUUCUCGAGGCCGAUGCCGCAAUCCUAAUGUAUUCUGUCACAUCACGCGAGACCCUCAUGCAGGUUGCCAGGCUUCACAGCGCGAUAUUGGACGUCCUGGCCGCAGCUUCUAAUCUAGGCGGAGGACAUAAGUAUGCGAGCAUCUUGCCACAGAGCCCACACAGAAUAACGAUCCCCAUUUGCCUAGUGGGGAAUAAAAUAGACCAACAUGCAGCGCGAGAGAUCUCCUACGCUGAGGGCGUCCAGCUCGCAAAGAGCCUCGGAUGCUGUUUCUUUGAGGCGUCCGCGAAGAGGGAGCAUACGGUCAGGAAGGUCUAUGAUAGUCUCAUCCGCGCUAUUCGUCGGGGGGAUGAAGUCGGGCAACAAUGUCUAGGAAGCGGCACAGGCCAAGAUGCAUUGCGAGAAGCCUCUGCUGUGGAUGGGGGUGGGGUGUUAGGUUGCUUUGUGCGAUUAUAUAGGUUUGUUAAACGGUGA